AUGGCGAAAGAAAAAUCCACCACGGACGCCAAAUUGUCCAAGGAAGAGCGCAAGGCCGCACGCAAGGCCGAGAAGCAAGCGCGAAAAGCCGAAUCUGCGGGCGUCAAAAAAGUCAAGUCCGACAAAAAGGAGAAGAAGGAAAAGCGCAAAGUGCUUGCGGAAAAGGCGCUGAACGAGCUUGAAGGCGAGAGCUCAAAGAAAUCCAAGAAGGCCAAGAAAGACGAGUCUAGUGAAGAUGACGAGCAGGAAGAAGACGGCGAAACUGGGGUCGCGAUCGAGAAGGACGAGACAGAGUCGGAUGAAGACGAGGUCAUGAAGGAAGACGAAGAGAGUGAACAGGAGGCAGAGAAGAAACUGAAACAGGACGACAAAACUGCUGCCAGGCCAGUUGGGGCCCUGGUGCCAUUUGCGAAUCCGUUGGCGGAUGAGAAGGUUGCGAAGAAGGUGUUCAAGAGCGUCAAAAAAGCCGCCGCUCAACGCACCCUCAAACGAGGUGUCAAAGAAGUCGUCAAGGCGUUGCGCAAAUCGCCUACCUCGAGCCCGGACUCUUUGCCUAUUGGCAUCGUCAUUCUUGCUGCGGACAUUUCUCCCAUGGAUGUCAUCAGCCACAUUCCUGUUCUGUGUGAGGACCACAAUAUCCCUUACAUCUACGUGACGAGUCGCGCGGAGCUGGGCAUUGCCAGCCAGACGAAACGGCCGACUAGUGUGGUCAUGGUCAGUCGUGACGUGGCCAAGAAGCAGGGCAAGGAUAAAGAAUCCAAGGACAAAAAGGGCAAGGAGGCCGAUGCUGACGGUGAAAGCUGGGAAGAGACGUAUAAGAAUCUGGUCAAGGUGGUAGUGAGAGAGGGCCGCCAUGUCAAGAUCUGA